GUUACAGCGUUGCGAGUUUGCCUGGUGUUGGUUAGGUGUCUGUUGCCUCUGGGUUUGAACGGAGUUGAAGGCUGAGGUUUGACGGCAAAAAGCUGACAAGGACAAUUAUACCGCACAAUAGCUUUUGUCUUUUUUUUGAUGGUCUUAUUUUGUCAAGGAGGGAAAGAAUUAUUUUUGUUGGGGGAAAAAAAAGUCGGUACAGCAUUCUGAAGCGAGGUUUGGAUAGUGAACGCUGCCGGGGAUGGCAGGGUGGAGAGCCGGGAUUGGCGGCCUGCUCCUUUGCCGCCAGUGAAGGAGGCUUCCUCCUCUGUCGCCGAUACACGGCUCCGGCGCAGCCCGACUGAGCAUGUGGAGAAAUAUAUUAGUGUAGAUGGAUACCACUCUGGAAAUCUGUAUUGAGAGAAGAAAACUUUAUAAGAUUGUAGUGUGCCCAGAUGGAAGAUGAAGUUUUCUGCAGGUGACGCACCAUGCCUCAUUGUAACAGUACAAGGAGCUACAGACAAAGGGUAAAACAAAUGACAAAGACGUGGAUUAAUCCUUUGGGACCAAACUGUAAUUUGAUUGAAGACCACAUAAGAGGCUUUCGUAGCAGCAGCAGAUGCCACCUGCUGAUCACUUGUAAAGAUUGAUGGCGUAUUUGUGCUUGAUUUUGAUUCCUGAUACACUUAUCACAAAUUUGGACUGAAUAUUGACAAGCCCUGUGGAUGAAGAUAUGUUCCGUAACAGCCUAAAGAUGCUCCUCAGUGGUGGGAAGUCCAACCGCAAAAGCAGAUCAAGUGACAGUGGGAAUGAAGAACAAUCAGAUCGGAGGCAGACAAACAUAGAUUGUCGUCAAAACAGGUUUGGACAAGGUGUGUCCAGUACAGAGAACGACUCUGCUUUUGAACCAGAUUACGCUGUCCCAUCCCUGCCAGUUUCGGAAGGAAUGCAGCAUAUUCGGAUAAUGGAAGGAAUGUCCCGCUCCCUCCCCUCUUCUCCGCUGCUCACACACCAAUCUAUCAGUGUCCGUCUUCAACCUGUAAAGAAAAUAACAGCCCCCCUGAGGAAGGCGAAGUUUGUGGAAAGCCCUCGAGUCCCAGAGUCGGAGCUCAGCUCCCCAACCAGAACCACAGCCAAGAAGCCAGACUUGGAUACUUUCUGCCCUGGUGACUCAGAACAGGAACUUGGACCCCCACCCUCGGUUGAUGAGGCUGCAAAUACACUAAUGACCCGAUUAGGCUUUCUGUUGGGAGAUAAAGCCUCAGAAGUACAAACAAACACAGAAUACAGUAUGGAAGAACAGGAUGAAAAUCAGACUUCUGCUGAGACUCAGAGAAUCAGUCCCUGCUCUACCUUGACCAGCAGUACUGCAUCGCCACCUGCUAACAGUCCCUGUUCUACACUACCACCUGUUAGUACUUCUGCAAAUGUUAAAGAUUGCUCUUAUGGAACUGUCACCAGCCCAACUUCCACACUGGAGAGCAGGGACAGUGGUAUUAUUGCAACUUUGACAAGUUAUUCAGAAAACAUGGACCGAUCCAAAUAUGGCGGGGAAAGCAGUAAGGAAUCAAGUUCCAGAGCGAACGUUAAACCUUGGCAUGGUCAGAAAUCUGCCAUGGAUUCCUGUUUGUAUCGAGUGGAUGAAAAUAUAUCGGGUUCCACAUUCAGCUUGAAUAAAUUCCCGGAAAGAAACUUGGAGACUGUCUCAUCUCAAUCUGUUCACUCGAUUCCUCUCUAUUUAAUGCCUCGACCAAAUUCUGUAGCAGCUACAAGCUCUGCCCAUCUGGAAGAUCUAGCUUAUCUGGAUGAACAACGCCAUACGCCAUUGAGGACAUCUCUGAGAAUGCCAAGGCAGCAUGUAACAGGAGGCCGAACCCCACAGGACCUGCGAGCUUCCACUAAUGCCCAUGCUUGGCACACUCACUCACUGCGCUUUGCACCAUACAGACCUCCAGACAUCUCUUUGAAGCCACUUUUGUUUGAAGUGCCCAGCAUCACCACAGAUUCUGUGUUCAUUGGGCGUGAUUGGCUCUUCCAUGAGAUUGAUACACAGUUAAAGUGUGGUAACCCCAGUGUGAACAGAGGCGUGGUGAUCAUUGGGAAUAUUGGAUUCGGGAAAACAGCUAUCAUCUCAAGACUGGUCGCCCUCAGCUGUCAUGGAUCUCGCAUGAGACAGAUUGCAUCUGAUAGCCCACAUGCUUCACCAAAGCAUGUAGAAAGCAACAGAGAUUUACCACUUACCCAGCCAUCUCAAGGACACCCACCCAUUUCUAGUGGAAGCUGCCCAAGCACACCUGAACUCCGUCGACGUCAGGAGGAAGCUAUGAAAAGACUGGCCACUCAGGUGGUGGCCUACCAUUACUGCCAAGCAGACAAUGCCUACACCUGCCUAGUUCCAGAGUUUGUACACAACGUGGCAGCUCUCCUUUGCCGAUCACCCCAACUUGUUGCCUAUAGGGAGCAGCUACUGCGAGAACCACACUUACAGAGUAUGCUCAGCUUGCGUUCCUGUGUUCAAGAUCCUAUCGCAUCAUUUAGAAGAGGAGUCCUGGAACCCCUUGACAAUUUGCGUAAAGAACGAAAAAUUGCCGAUGAAGAUUACAUUGUCUUAAUUGAUGGGCUGAAUGAAGCAGAGUUCCACAAACCAGAUUAUGGGGACACGAUUGUAUCAUUUCUCACUAAAAUGAUUGGAAAGUUCCCAUCAUGGCUGAAGUUGAUAGUGACAGUUCGCACAACUCUGAAGGAAGUGGCCAAACUUCUUCCAUUCCAUAAAAUAUAUCUGGACAAACUGGAUGUAAAUGAGGCAAUAGAUCAGGAUUUACAGGCUUAUAUUCUUCACCGAAUCCACAGCAGCCCUGAAAUCCAGAAUAACAUCUCCCUCAAUGGCAAAAUGGACAAUGCAACGUUUGGUAAACUCAGUACUCAUCUCAAAGCUUUGAGCCAAGGAUCGUACCUCUACUUAAAACUGACUUUUGACUUGAUUGAGAAAGGAUACUUGGUGCUUAAGAGCUCAAGCUAUAAAGUAGUACCUGUUUCUCUUGCUGAAGUCUAUCUCUUGCAGUGUAACAUGAAGUUCCCUACACAGUCCUCAUUCGAACGCGUGCUACCACUUCUGAACGUAGCUGUGGCAUCCUUGCAUCCAAUGACAGAUGACCAGCUCUACCAGGCAAUCAAUGCAGGGAAUAUUAAUGGUAGCCUUGAAUGGGAAGACUUUCAACAGAGAAUGGACAAUCUUUCUAUGUUUCUGAUAAAACGGAGGGAUAUGACACGGAUGUUUGUUCAUCCAUCUUUUCGCGAGUGGCUAAUAUGGAGAGAAGAUGGAGAGAAGACGAAGUUCCUCUGUGAUCCCAGGAGUGGCCACACAUUGCUGGCAUUUUGGUUCUCUCGUCAAGAAGGCAAACUGAACCGUCAACAGACCAUUGAGCUGGGACAUCACAUUCUUAAAGCACAUAUUUUCAAGGGCCUAAGCAAAAAGGUUGGAGUUUCAUCCUCAAUUCUGCAAGGGUUGUGGAUAUCAUACAGUACAGAAGGACUGUCCACAGCAUUAGCAUCUUUACGCAAUUUAUACACUCCGAACAUUAAGGUCAGUCGUUUGCUUAUUUUGGGUGGUGCCAAUGUGAAUUACCGGACUGAAGUGUUGAACAACGCCCCAAUACUCUGCGUUCAGGCCCACCUUGGUAACUCAGACAUGGUUGCCCUCCUGCUAGAGUUUGGAGCAAAUGUGGAUGCUUGCUCAGAGAGUGGACUGACUCCUUUGGGAUAUGCAGCAGCUUCUGGACACCUUACUGUUAUACAUCUUCUGUCCAAAAAACGUGCAAAGGUGGACCACUUGGAUAAGAAUGGUCAGUGUGCUUUGGUCCAUGCAGCACUGCGUGGCCACUUGGAAAUUGUUAAGUUUCUGAUCCAGGCUGAUUGGACACUGGCAGGGCAACAGCAGGGCGUGUUUAAAAAGAGCCACGCAGUUCAACAAGCGCUUAUUGCUGCAGCAAGCAUGGGAUAUACUGAGAUUGUCUCAUAUCUACUGGAUCUGCCAGAAAAGGAUGAGGAAGAAGUGGAACGAGCUCAAAUUAACAGUUUUGAUACUCUUUGGGGAGAAACAGCGCUGACUGCUGCAGCCGGACGAGGAAAGCUUGAAGUAUGCAGACUGCUUUUAGAACAAGGAGCUGCAGUGUCGCAGUCUAACAGGCGAGGGAUUGUCCCACUCUUCAGUGCAGUGAGACAAGGACACUGGCAGAUAGUGGACUUGCUGCUAACUCAUGGUGCGGAUUCAAAUAUGGCAGAUAAGCAGGGUAGAACCCCUCUAAUGAUGGCGGCAUCAGAGGGGCACCUAGACACGGUGGAAUUCUUGCUUUCUCAAGGAGCAGCACUUUCACUAAUGGAUAAGGAGGGAUUGACUGCCCUCAGCUGGGCAUGUCUGAAGGGUCACCUGCCUGUAGUUCAGUCUUUAGUAGAAAGGGGUGCUGCAACUGAUCAUGCAGAUAAAAAUGGACGGACACCUCUGGAUCUUGCAGCAUUUUAUGGUGAUGCAGAUGUUGUGCAGUACCUUGUGGACCAUGGAGCAAUGAUUGAGCAUGUGGACUACAGCGGUAUGAGACCUUUGGACAGAGCAGUGGGGUGCCGCAAUGCAGCAGUGGUGGUCACCCUUCUGAAGAAAGGAGCCAAGAUAGGUCCAGCGACGUGGGCAAUGGCCACCUCAAAACCGGACAUCAUGAUCAUCCUCUUGAGCAAGCUGAUGGAAGAAGGAGACAUGUUUUACAAGAAAGGAAAAGUGAAGGAAGCCGCGCAACGAUACCAGUAUGCCUUGAAGAAGUUCCCACGAGAAGGAUUUGGAGAAGACUUAAAGACGUUUCGGGAGUUGAAAGUGUCCCUGUUCCUGAACCUCUCACGAUGUCGGAGAAAAAUGAAUGAUUUUGGAAUGGCAGAGGAGUUUGCAACCAAAGCACUGGAGUUGAAACCGAAGGCAUAUGAAGCAUAUUAUGCCAGAGCUAGAGCAAAGCGAAGCAGCAGGCAAUUUCCAGCUGCCCUGGAAGAUUUGCAUGAGGCUGUGAAGCUUUGCCCGAAUAACCGGGAAAUACAACGCUUGCUGAUACGGGUAGAAGAGGAAUUCAGGCAGUUGCAAUAUGGCCAGCCAUUGCAAUAUGGCCAACAACAGCAACAGCAGCCACCGCAACAGCAGCAACAGACUCAACAGGAAGACAUAGACUCAAUGCAUGAAUUAUAUGAUGAGGAAUAUUUGGAGCAGGAGUUGGACAAUGUAUCUGUUGGCUUACAGGCAGAAACAAGAUCUAGCCAAGGGAUGCCUGUUAUCCAGAGUCCACCACCUUCCCCUGCCCACCGUGAGCCCACCUACAGAUCUAGCUCACCUCUCAACUCCCACCAAGUUUUUGACUACAGACCAAACCCUUCAGUCUCCUCCCCAACUCGGCAGGGAUACCAAUCCACAUCACCGUCAAUUUCUCCCACUCACCAGAACUCUCAUUAUCGGCCAAGCCCUCCACCCACUUCCCCUGCUCAUCAGGGCUCUUCAUACCGUUUUAGCCCACCCCCUGUUAGUGGCCCAAGCAAAGAAUAUCAGUCAAGUCCUCCUCCUUCUCCCCUGCGUAGGGCCCCACAGUAUAGAGCCAGUCCUCCUGCAGAUAGCAUGAGUGUGUAUAGGUCUCAGUCUGGCUCCCCUGUUCGGUAUCAGCAAGAAUCCACCAUAGGUCAGCUUCCUGGUAGGCCAAAGUCUCCUUUGUCUAAAAUGGCCCAAAGACCCUAUCAGUUAUCUCAACCUCCAUCAGGGCUACCCCAGCAAGGCCUUAGAUUACAACCAGCCAAGGCUCAAAUUGUACGCACCAACCAGCCUAGUUCUGCAGUACAUUCUAGUGCUGUUAUACUUGGUGGAUCCUAUAACCAAGGACCUCACUCUAUGAGCACCAAGCACCAGUCUUCAGUGGAUAUGGCUCCCACUCAAAGUCGCUUGGUUUAUCAGCCUGUAAUGAGUGGGGUCGUAGCAGACAGCAGACCUGUCCAGCAUGUGCAGGCCAGUCUGAGUGCGGGUGCAAUAAGUAAUGUUUGUCAACAUCCUGGAACAGUAAUGACUAAAGAGGAUCAUGGCCAAAGACCUUCUUCAGCCUUUCGAGGAGGGAUGAGGUAUGGCCAGACCCCUCAGAUUGGGCGCAGUCAAUCUGCAUCAUAUUAUCCUGUUUCCCAUUCCAAGCACGAAUUGGAAAGGUCUUCUGUUCCAUCUAGCCAGAUUUCAUCUCCAGAUGUAUCUCACAUGAUCAGGAGGGCACUCACUGUGAACCCUCCAGAAAUUAAACCUCACCCACCCACUCCUCGACCACUGCUUCAUUCUCAAAGCACUGGCCUUCGAUUCUCCCCCUCUAACAAUAGCCUUUCUUCUAGCUCUAAUGUUGUGUCUUCAUUUCGACCUUCUGCUUCCAUCCAACAGAUGGAGAUUCCACUCAAACCCUCCUAUGAAAGCCGAUCCAAUGAAGAACAGUCUCCCAUCUCUCCUACACAGGGUUACCCUGGAGACUCUGGCCGUUCAAGGACCACACCUUUCAUGGGGAUCAUAGAUAAAACUGCUCGGACACAGCAAUAUACCCACAUGCACCAGCAGAGCCGGACAUGGGCUGUGUCCUCUGUCGACACUGUCAUCACCAGCCCCACCUCCUCUGGAGGGAUGUCCCCUCAAUCUGCCUCCUAUAGUCCACCCCCAGUUAGUAAUAUUGCUUUUUUCAAUAAAACUAACAAUGCUCAGAACGGCCACCUGCUGGAGGACAUGUGUAUCCCCCAUGGGAAGCUGAGCAAUGGAUCUCAGGCAGAGAUCUUGGAGAGAGUUAGUCAGGCUCCCUCAUAUCCAGAUGUAAAGGUGGCUAGAACACUGCCUGUUGCUCAGGCAUAUCAGGACAGCAUAUAUCGGCAGCUUUCCAGAGACUCACGACAAGGGCCAACAUCACCUUUAAAACCAAAGAGACCAUUCGUAGAGUCAAAUGUAUAAAGGCAAUCCUUUAGAUUCUAAAUCCCAUGUUGUGAGCAGGUCUGCUAUUAAAACUUCUUGCACAUGUCGCCACUCAGUGCACUGUACAAUGAAGCUGCUUCCACUUGCAUUUGAAAUAAGCCAGAGAAAAGAAUUGUAGUGUGUUUAGUUUUAUUUCAUUACUAAAGUAUGUGUAGUUUCUAACUUUUCUAACAAUUGUACAGAAGUUUAAAUGUUGGGGGAAAGAAACAUGAAACGAAAAUCAAAGUAUGAAUGCUUAAGUGAUGAAUGUUAGACUAAUCCAUUAUCAGGUCAGUUCACCUUUUUACUUUACAUAGGUAUGGUUAAACUGUACAAUGAGCAAUUUUAUUUAGGCUUUUUAAAGAAGUCAGACACAUAAAUUACAAUAAGGUGCAGAUAAUGACAUUUAUUUUCAAAAACAAUGCUGUGAUUUGUACAACUUGUAAUCAGUUUACUAUGAUUUAUACAUUAUAGGUGCAUUACACAGAACUGACUGUGUGUUUCCAAAACCUCAAGCACCAAUCUGCAUUUAAUUUCAAAGUCAAUUCUCUGCACUAGCAUGGGAUUAGAACUAUUUUAACUUCAGAGAUAAACAGUAAGUGUUUGUUUUAGCUGCAAGGUUAUUCUGUUUAAUACUGUAAAUGUUGUAUGAAGUUUUGCUCUCUACAGACCUGUAGUUAAUAAUAUUUAAGAAUAUUUUAAGUUAAGUCAACUUGUAUAGGGUAACAUUUUCUACACUUUAUUUUAAACCAGGUGCAACAAUUGCUGAUUGGUGUGAAUAUAGGGGACAUUCCCAAACUGUAGAACUGACUUUCCCUGACAUUCUCCUGCUCCUUCACUGUUUUAUUGGGCAGAAAGACUAUGGGAACCUAGAAGAAGGGAAUAGAUGCCAUGUCUCUGGUGUUCCCAGGGCUAUUUGCCUUGAUAAGAGAGAGAGGCCCCCGCUCCUAAGCAACUACAUCUGCUUUGAUUCUUUCUGUAUUUAACUGGCCAACUUUUCAACCUCCUUGCGUUGUGAAGCCUAUCUCACUUAUAAAGUUAAGCACUCAUUCUUGUUGAAGUUUGUAACAUUGCCAGCAGUGGAACACUUCCAGAAUGGACUCUUGUUCUCUCUCCAACAAUAACUGCAAAAUGUUUCCUUCACAUUCUAUACUGAAUCUGAGAAAUGUUCAAUAUUUCUUGGCAGUAGGUAUUCCCAAUAAUCCAGAAUUUUAAAAAAAUUGUCGUAAUUUCUGAUGGUGCUGAAAAUGUAUAACUCAAGGCGCACAAAGCCUUUGGGUAGAGUUGAUCAGUUUGCUAAUUGUAUGAUUUUGCACCGUUGAAUAUAUUAAGCAGUAAUCCUUAGCCAGAUUCAAUGGCAUUUACCAAAACCCUACAAACUUGCAGUCUAACUUUUCCCUGCUCUAUGUUUACUUUUUACAUUUUAGCUUUCUUUUAUAGAAAUCCCACUGCACUAUCGGAUUGGGGCAGUACGAAUACUGUAUACAGAACUAGUCCCAUUUUGCUCUUUAGCUCUUUUUAUUUAAGAAGAUAAAAGUUUUAACAUUAGGGCCAUAUAAAACUCAUUGUACAUACUUUUAAGUUUCAUUAUUUGUUCCAAUUAACUUUCCUAAAUUUCAUCCCAAUUUUAUUCCUAUUGCUUUUGUUUUCAAAUAAAUCCAUCACAAUAAAUGGAGAACAAGUUAUAUACAUCCUGAUUUAAAACUUGAACCUUAUUUGUUAUGGAAUGAACUAGUAUCAAGUUCAUCGCAUGGUCUCCUUACUUCUCCAUAUAUUCCCUAUAGGAAAUGCUUGUCUUCUGUCAAGCAUCAUUUCCUCUCCACCUGCUCAAACCUGGAAGUCACUGCUGUUGUCCUGUUCCAUUUUAUUCAAUUUGCUACCAACGACUAUUCCCAUCCUUAUUAUGAUUUUUUCUCCAUCCUCAGUUGUAUUUUCCAAGUGUAUGAAAUUUGCAUGUUGCUAGAUUUUAUUUGCAAGAUAGUUUGCUUUUGCUUUUGGAGUUAUCUCUACUUCACUGCCAUUUAAUUCUAUAAAUAUUUGGAAAUGUCCCCCAGAUGCACUUCAGAUAAAUGAAGUUAUAUGAAGAUAUAUGAAGUCAUUUAGUAUUAAAGGAUAGGCAAAAACAUUCAAUCAUAAUGUGCAGCUCCUUAAUUACACCACCCACAUAUCUCAAGAAAUUGUACUGAAAGAUUGCCAUCCAUAUUUCCUGUAUAUGAGUGCACUUUAUUGUUAACGUUUAUAUACUGGAUAGAUCAUUGUGAUUAGUGUUCUCAUUAGGAGAUGAACAGUUGUGAUCCUUGGUGUUAUUUCACAGAGAAAAAGAGCAUAAUAGUAAAUUUGUAGCACAAAAGGAAUUGCUGUAAAUAAAUGCCACACUUGGCACUAAUCCAGCAUUCUUCAAACACACUUCCUCGGAAACUCCACAGUGCACAACUUAACUCUCACUUUCACCAUGUAUAUAAUGAAAAUAGAGAUGGUACACGUUACCUAGAAAAGCAUAUAAAACCACUCUUUCUCAUGUACUUAAAAUAUUUUUGUAGUACAAAAUUCAAUUGUAGAAUCUCACCACUACAUUGAUGAGAGAGAGCCUGUGAUGUAUAAUGGUUGCACCACUUGUUUACUUAAAAACCUAGAUUAGAACAGCGCAACUAAAAUUGAGAAUGAGUAAAUUAAUUUUCUGCCUGCAAAUUCUAUUGGAUUGUACUUUAGCCAAAAACAAUUGACUUUCAAGGGUUAGUAAGGAGAAGGGUGGGGGCACAUGUUAGGAAUAUGGAUGCAUUGGAUGGGUAAUUUGCAUAAAAGUAUGUACAGAAAAAAAAACAUUAAUUGACUAACCUGUGCACCUAAAGUGUUGAACUAGUAUCUAAAACCAGAAUUUCUGGAAUUAUUAGAGUGGAUAAACAGCAUUUUCUUUUUCUGAUCCAAGCAAAAUGCACCAUCAGAUUAAUGAAAAAGUAAACAUCAGUAACAUAAAUUGGAGUUAAGUUGUGUUGGCUGAAUGUUUCCUUAAGCCUGUGAUUUAAAAUCACAGGAACUUGCUAACCUUUCAUUGUCACAGCAGCUCUAUAUUCAAGUUGCCCACAUCUCUAACUGGCUUACAGUUCAGACGUAGGCAUGAUUCCUGAAGUGCAGAUCACUUUGGCUGGGUUUAUGUAAUUGUCCAAUUGCAUAACUUGCUAUCAGAAUGGUCAAUGCAAUGCCACUGCCAACCGAGCCAUGGGAAUAACCCCUCAACAGGUAACUGACACAACAUUUUAGGACUAAAAUUAUACUCUCUGGCCUAUUUGCAGAAUAUUCAAUACUGUGUGUUUUUAUUAUUUACUUUUCAAUUUAUGAUGUUUGAUAUUAAAGUUAUUGAUAGCUUCUGAUGUAAACAGUAGCCUCACCCUCAGCGCCCUUAUAAUAAUAUGAAUAUCUUACUCUCGUGAUGUUUUGAAGCACUCUCUUUAAAUGUGGCAAAUUAUGAGACAUUAAUGCUUUAUCAUCUCAGUUUCAAAGAUGCAAGUAUACCCAAAUUAAAAUUAAGAACACAUACUGUAUAUUUAUUGGCCAUGUAGUACCUUGGUGCAUGGAUAAGUGAAGGUUGCAAAAUCAAUGCCGUGUAAACCAACAAAAGUUGUCUUAAAUAUGUUAGUGAAUCACCAUGGAGAUGCUGGUUAAAUCAUAUAACAUGCAGCUUCAAAAAGCUGCAUAAAACAUUCAGGAAUCUACUAUUUAAAGUGCCAUGAUUUGACAAUGUAAUUUAGUGAUCACAUAUCUACAUAUAUCUUUCUGAUCUGUUGCUUCUGUCUCUAGUGAUCCCAAAGUCCAGUGUCUAAACUGGCUUAUUUCCCCACAUGUAUCAUAUAGUUAAGGGAGGAAAUUAAAAUAUUGGGGCAAGGUGCAAUAUAUAGUUCAUGAACAUCAAUCGUCAGAUCUUCACCAGUAAUAUCAUAUUGGAAAUAGCCCUGUGCAUUUUCAGAACAUUGUUUAUCAUAAUGUACAUUUAAGCUUUCAUUCUGACUUUAAAUAACCUUCUGUAUAUUUGCAGUUAAAAUUAUCAACCUUAAUGGUAUUGACACUCCAGUAGACAGCACAUUUAUGACUGAGAACUGUCUGAUCUCUAUGUGAUUUGUUCAAAACAGUACAACAUGUAACAGAAACUAAUGUUCCUUUCCGAUGAGGAGUGCAAUGUUAUUUUUUAUUAUUGUGAGUAAAUGAGAUGCAGAAUCAGCUGCGGCAGGGAUGCAUGUCGGUACUUCUUUCAUCCUUGAAAAAGUUAUAACAAAAUACUAACCAUUUGAAUGUAAUUGCAGAAAAUUAUAUUGCACCAUGUGUCACUCCUGUGUUGAUUCAUGGGUUCCUUUAUUUUUGCUGUAUCUAAUAAUGCACCAAGAAGGCAUUUUUACACAGCAAGGCACCAGCUUGGGGAGCUGUGUAAAAGAAAGGUUUUCUCUCAUGUCUCUCCCUCUCUGUCCACACCACCCUCAUUCUCUCUCCCUCCCUCUUUCGAUGUAAAGGAUUUUUCUCUGUAUAUUAUAAAAUGCAUGUUAUGUUCCAGUUACUGAUUAAGAUUACAAAAGGUUGUGAUAUUGUAUCCAGGUCGUCAUGGGCUGCGGCCCUUUCCAUAUUUUGGAUGGAGAUUUCUCUUUGCUGUAUUGCUUGCUGAGCAGAGUAAUAUUGUCUGUACAUGUGGGCUGUGAGUUAGUGCAAAAACAAAACAAAAAAAUAA